UAAAAAGGCAGCAAAGGAAGAGGAAAUACUAGUGGUGACAUUUAGAAGGGUCGGAUGGUUGUACUUUAUAGUUGUAUAAAACUGUCAACAUCUCUGAAGUUUGAUUCUCUCUUCCUCCUUUUUCUCACUCUUUCUCUCUCCUAAUUAUCUCUCCUGGAUCACCUGUCAAUAAGCAUGAAACUUCGUGAUCCGUUCCACCCAGUUUUACCAGAUUUGAGCUCCCUACAACUCUUUCUUUCAUCUUUUUUUUACUCUCUCUCCUCUGUUUUCACCAACCAAAUAUGCACUCUAAAAAUCUCAUCUUUAUUAUUCUAACAAUAAUUCCUUCCUUUUAAACUUCACUCAUUUUUCAUUUUUUCUGUUAAACCCCAGAAACAAGAACCAAAAAUGGAGGAAAAGAGAGAUCAAGAAGAAGAAUUGAAGCAUGUUUGUAAGCUCUGCAACAAAAGAUACCCAAGUGGUAAGUCUUUAGGUGGUCAUAUGAGGUCUCAUGUAAUUGCUAACAGAAACAAUAACAUUAAUAAUAAUAAUAAUCAUAAACCCAUUUCAAUCCCUUUCACCAUUCCCAAGAAAUCUGCAAAUUUUGAUUAUGUUUCUGAUGAAAAUGAUGAUGAUGAAAAUGGUGGGAAGAAUUCUGGUUAUGGGUUGAGAGAAAAUCCCAAGAAAAGUUGGAGAUUGGUUGAUUCUACUCUUGUUAACAAACACCUUCAUCAGUUUCAUCAACCCCAGGAAAGGGAAAGGGAAAGGGUUUGCAGACAAUGUGGGAAAGGGUUUCAUUCUCUGAAAGCAUUAUGUGGUCAUAUGAGCAGUCAUUCUGAAAAAGACAGGAACUUUAAGGAAGAUGAUGAAGAAGAAGAUGAGGAAGAUGAUAAUUCAUGGUCAAGUCAUAGCAAAAAUCACUUGAUUUCAACAAUGGAGUCUGACAAUUCUGAAAACAGCAACAAAAUAUGUAAUAAUCGUCGAACUCGAUCUUCUUUGACAAGGUAUAACUCUCUUACUCCUUCUCCUCCUAAUACUGAUGGUUCCUCAAAUCAUUCUGAGAUUGAUCAACAUGAACAAGAGGAAGUUGCAAUGUGUUUGAUGAUGCUUUCUAGGGAUUCAUCUGGUCAUAAGAGUUGCUUCAAUUUUACUGCUGAGUCUUCUGACAAUACUUCUGUGAUUUUGGAAGGAGGGUCUUCUACUAAUCAUGUUGGGAUUUUGAGGAUUAAGGAUACUAGUAAGAUGAUUAAGCAAGUUGUUUUUGUUGCUAAGGAGGAAGAAGAAGAGGAGGAGGGGAUUAAUGUGAUUAAUGAUGAUGAUAAUAAUAAUCAUCAUGAAAGUAUGGAUGAUUCAGAUUCAGGGUAUUUUGAGAAUGGGGCUAAGGAGCUUGAAUCAGAUGAUUCUGUUGAUGGGUUUGUGAGGAAUUAUGGAGUUAAGAAGCCUAAAGUUGAGUUUGGAUCUUGCUUUUAUGAUGAUGAUUCUGGAAAAAGGAGGAGGAUUAGAGGAGGAUUGGUGGGUGAUUACAGCAGAUUUGAUAAUCCUGAAUCAGACGAAAAUUCGAGUAAGAAGAUGAAGAUUAAGAAGAAGAAGAUGUUGAUUAAGCAGGAUUAUUAUGGUUGUAUUAAGAAAGGGAGCAAAUAUGAGUGUUGGGUGUGUAACAAAACAUUCAAAACACAUCAAGCUUUAGGUGGUCAUGUUAUAAGUCAUAGGAAAAAUGGUGACAAUAGUUUUGAUACUAGUGUUACAAAUAAUAAUACUAGGAUUAAUGACAAUAAUAAUAAUAAUAAUUUAGGUAAGCAGAAUUUGGUGGGUGUUUCAAGUGGUAAGAUUAUGGGUACUAGUGCUACAACAAGCAGCAAAUCAAAGAAAGUUAAGGGUCACAAAUGUCCAUAUUGUACUAGAGUGUUCAAGUCAGGCCAAGCAUUAGGGGGUCACAAGAGGUCCCAUAUGAUGGGAGCCGGCCGAGGGGUGGUGAAGUUGGAGGAGAAGCCGAGGAUUGAUAGGCCGGUGGUGGUACCGCCAAUGCCGAAAUCCGAACACCAGCAUCAGCAGCAGCAGCAGCAGCAGCCUUUGAUUGAUCUUAACCUUCCUGCACCAAUGGAAGAAGAAGAAAAUUCACAGUUUGUGGCAUGGUAGGUUGGAAGUUUCAAUGGCAUGAAAGUUUAUUGCUUUGUGGGAAAUGUGGAAACUUUGAGGGGUCCCCAAAAAAGUUAGAAAAAAAUGAAAAGAAAAGGGAUUAUUCUUAAGGUGGGUCAUAUGGGUUCCAUGAAAAUGCAGAUGAGUGUACAGAGUACAGACUACAGACAGUUUGGUUGGAUUGGUGGAAGAUUAAAACUUGAAAAAAAUUUCAUUUUUUUUUUCUUUAGUAUAAUAUGCUGGAAUUAUUGUUAGUAUUUUGUCAAGGACUAAGUCUUAUUUUCUGUUUUUAAGGUAACUGUUUCAUUGGCUGGCUGCUUCUAGGAAGCAAAAGAAAGCAGCAGAUUUUUAUUUUUUUUUGCACCUUGGUAGUUUUUUUCUUCUUCACAUGUUUUUCCAUUUCUUUAUUUACUUUAUUCCAAAGAUAUAUAUAGAUGUCUAAUCUUAAUUAGUUGUCGUAAACAUAGAAUCUUUGGUGCUAUUCUUUUAUUAAUUGAGCUUGAUUAUAAAAUUGUUUUGAAUCAUUGAAUUGGUAGCAUGAAUUCUUUUUUCUAAUGAGAUUUCUCUCAUUUCAUCCAUAAGCUCUGACAUUCAUGUCCUGUCUUCUGAGACUUAUUACUUAGAUUUGGUGUCUUUGGUGCCAAAAUAUGAUUAGAUCCUUACAUUUUUAUAUUAUUUCAGCAAGUUAUGUACUACUAAUCACUUGACACAUGCUUGGUUGAAUGAACAAACAGAUAAAUUAUUUAA